AUGGCUGCCAUCCCUUUGCUCUCACCCUCUCGUCUAGUUCCCAGCGCCCCGGAGAUCGACAUGGCCGAGUCACUGGUGGCCGAUAACUGCGUGACGCUGGUCUGGAGGAUGCCCGACGAGGACAGCAAGAUCGACCACUACGUCCUGGAGUACCGCAAGACCAACUUCGAGGGGCCCCCGCGGGUGAAGGAGGACCAGCCCUGGAUGGUGAUCGAGGGCAUCAAGCAGACCGAGUACACCCUAACUGGCCUCAAGUUCGACAUGAAGUACAUGAAUUUCCGCGUCAAGGCCUGUAACAAGGCUGUGGCGGGCGAGUUCUCCGAGCCGGUCACCUUGGAAACCAGAG